AGGGUCUUAUGCAGCAUUUCAGUCGGAUCCAAUCGGGCAGGUAGCGCUCCUCGUUCCUGCUCCCCCCUACAGAUGGGACACAUGCUCACUGAAGACUGCAGAAAGUUUUAAGGCUGGGAAAUUAGCGAAAUGGCAGAACCAGCAACUAUAACCAGACCCCUGAUAUCUUCCAAGCGACAUAAGAGCAUAAGAAAGAGUUCCAGAAGGAUUUAUUCCCCAUAUCAAGACGAUAAUGGACCAUCUGAUGAUGAGGAUAAGGAUGGAGAAAGAGUGGACAGUAAUGAUCCAGAGGAGUCGUUCCAGAACAUUCAGCUUCAGAAGGAAAUCAUCGCCAACAUCCAAACUAAACCCUGGCCAAUAAGACGCAAGCUAAAAGUGCUCAAGCAAGCCAGAGAGAUUGUUCUGAAAUAUGAGGGCAGACUGACCAGGACGAGAGGUUACCAGGCAGCCGGGGCACUGCGGUUCUUCCCCCUCUGA